AUGGUAAACUUGAAGAACUUGCUCUUGGCACAAGAGGAGGUGGGGCGACUUACAACAGUCUCUACCAACUCAUCACAUUCUUCUGGCAAACUUUUACACCCCACCAAGAAUAACGAUGUUAGCGUUACUCAAAAGCAAAUUCCAUCACAGUACAUUGACAUUUCAAGCUCAACGUUGACCCCUGAAGAGUUGGAGCAAAGAGACAACUCUCUAAGCUACAGGAUCAAGAAAUUUUUUUGGGACGGUACUGGAAAACACCCCAGAGAACAGAAAUACUUGGUCAAGUUGGAUUUCUUUUUGUUGACUUCAUCCUGUUUAGGCUAUUUCAUAAAGAAUUUGAAUCAGUCAAAUGUCACCACUGCUUAUGUGAAUGGUAUGGAUGAGUAUUACAAUAUGAACAACAAUCAGUACAACUAUAUGGUUACUUUAUUCACUGUCGGUUACAUCAUAGGCCAGAUUCCGUCAAAUAUGAUAUUACACAGAAUAUCUGCCAGAUUUUAUCUUGGGGGAUUGGAGAUUCUUUGGCUGAUUUUAACAGUGUUGAUGAUAACUGUUCCACCAACCAAUAUAAAGGGAAUGUAUGCCUUGAGGUUUUUCAUAGGGUUGUUGGAAUCUGGUUAUUUUCCAGCCUUGGAAUACUUGUUGGGCUCUAAUUAUGGUACACCAGAGUUGCUGAAACGUUCUUCAUAUUUCGCUAUUAGUUCUGGAUUAGCAGGGAUAAUUAGUCCUCUUUUGCAAGAAGCUAUUAUCAAGAGAUUCAGCCAUUCCAGUUUGCCUCCUUUUAAAUGGAUGUUUGUGUUUGAUGCGGUCAUCAGUUUUCCCAUUGGUGUGUACACCAUGCUUGUAGACCCAAACACGCCACUGACGACUGAUGCAUUUUACUUUUCUGACGAGGACAAGUUGGUUGGAUUGGAAAGGAGAAGACUAUUAGGGGCAGAGUUGAACACAAGACAACCUUUUACUUGGGAGAAGAUCAAGUCAUUCUUCAACACUUGGCAUAUCUAUGUGUUUCCACUACUCUUUUUGUGUUACAAUAAUAGUGGUGCUGCUCAUAGUCAACCGACUUUCCAAUCGUUCAUGAAAAACUACUUGCACAAACCGUCAAGUGUUUAUAAUACAUGGCCCUCAAUUUUAAGUGCUAUUUCUAUUGGUGUGACAAUCAUAUUUGCUUACGUCAAUGAUAUUCUAGGUGGUAAAAAGAAUGUUUGGUUUGUUAAUGCAUUUUUUGUUUGCUUGAUAAUAGGAUGUGCCUUGCUUGCCUCGUGGAAUAUUCCUUUGGGAUUGCAUUGGUUCUGCUAUUUCUUGGUUGGUAUACCCACAAUGUGGGGUCAGCCAUUUAUAUUUUCUUGGGUUAAUCGAUUGCUUUAUGCCGAUGACUUGAAGAGGAACUUUGUUGUGGUUGUUACAAAUACGUUGGCAUAUGUCACUGGAGCAUGGGUUCCCAUUCUUGUUUGGAACACCAACGACAAGCCUGAAUAUUUUAUUGGAUUUACGUACACGGCAGUGUUGGCUUCAGUGGGAUUGAUCUUGACACAAGUAGUACACUAUUUGAGUACAAGAGAUGAAAAAAGGGCUACAAAUGAAAAGGAUAUAGAGCUAAGCAACUCAAUCAAGCUAGACUCGGAUUGA